GUACAGUCAUACAGAACAGAUUUGCGAUAAUCCAUCCAUAUAACUCUGUAUAUGUAUCAUAAGAAGGAGCUGAACCCAAAAUUUCUAACCAAAGAAUCCCUUUCACUGGCUGCUUUGUCUGACAGGAAGACAACCAGAAUGGAAGAUCUAAGUGGUGAAGACAUUGUGACUUGGCCUGACAUGAGCUUAACGGUUAAUUCUAACAGAACCAAAGAAGACAAUUUAACUGACAUCAAUGAGACUUGCACAAAUCUUUACUGCAUUCCUGAUGAGGACUACAUAGAGUUAAUUGAGGAAUAUAUCUUUCCAACACCGUACGAGUGGAUUUUGAUUUCCCUUCACAUGACGGUAUUCGUAGUUGGACUAGUAGGAAAUGCCUUGGUCUGUCUUUCUGUAUACAGGAAUCUCUCCAUGAGGACUGUCACCAAUUACUUUAUCGUCAACCUAGCUGUGGCAGAUUUCCUCGUUAUUCUUAUCUGUCUACCACCAACCGUGCUGUGGGACGUCACAGAGACGUGGUUUUUCGGACCAGUAAUGUGUAAGCUGGUGGUUUAUUUACAAAGUGUGUCCGUUUCUGUAUCAGUCUUAACCCUGACUUUCAUUUCUCUGGAUCGGUGGUACGCUAUCUGUUUUCCUCUUCGCUUUAAAAGUACCACAGCACGUGCUAAGACCGUAAUCUUACUUAUCUGGAUCGGCUCUUUCCUUCUUGUCCUUCCGGACGUCAUUGUACUUGAAACCCGGCCUAAUCCAAACCUUCAAGUCGACACGCAUUACUUAAUGGAUUGCACGUACACAUGGGACCAGUUCUACACCCGCAUUUACCAACUGUACAUCGUGGGUACCCUUUAUGUGGCACCUUUCCUGCUCAUGACCGUGACCUAUUUCCAAAUUGCUCGAGUUUUGUGGAACAAGAACAUACCUGGGUCCGCUGAGGCAGAAGGAACUCGUCAACAAAGUCGAUCAGUUACACUAAACCAGUCCUGCAGAAACGGAAAGUUACGUAUCUGUUCUGUGAAUCCCAGCUGUGAAGGACAAAUCCAAUCCAGGCAGAAAGCUGCUAAGAUGCUCAUCGCUGUGGUAGUGAUUUUUGGUAUCUGUUACCUUCCCGUGCACCUAAUUAACACUCUCAGGUACACUAUAGGCUUACCCCAGACGCAUGCCACCUCUGUAGUAUCUCUCCUCUCUCACUGGUUGUGCUACGCCAACAGCGCCACCAAUCCUAUCAUUUAUAAUUUCAUGAGUGCAAAAUUCCGUAAAGAAUUCAAAAACACAUUUAAGUGUAAAUGUAAAGGCCACAGUUAUAGAGGGCGUUCCAGAGGUACAGCUAACACCUUCAAUUCUCGAUACACAAGUUCGAAGACCCAGUGUGAAAACAUUCACAUGAAUUCCAUGCGCCGAUUUACCUAGGAAUCUUAUAUUCAUCAGAGCGAGAAGACGAUGGAGCCAAUAUUUCCUGAAAGAAAGGGAAAGCGUUUUGGAAAUACACUUGAUGUACUGGUUAAACAGCACUGUCCCAUCAUACGUUAACUCACUGUGAAUAUUCUCAACUUUUAUUUUUAUGCACUUAUUAUGUUUGUUCUGUUGUUUCUGGCAGUUUUUUUUUUAUUCUUAACCAUUAUUCCAUUAUACUUGCAUUUCUAAGUGAUUAUAGUGAACGCCCAUGUGACCAAUUUAUAUAAUAUCAAUCACACAAUGAGAAUUUGAUAAAAAUUCGAAAAAAAAAUGAACAAUGAAUCAUAAUGCUUAACGUAAUAAAUAGAAGUAGAUUGAAGACUCACAAGUAAAUUUGGAAUACUUAAAACACGUACUUAUAGUAUGACUGUUCCUGUUUCAGAAACUCUAGCUUCUGCCAGUAAGUGAACAGAUAAAAGCAUUUGAUUUUCUAAUCGUUUAUGAUUUAUAUAAAUGGUCAUUUCGCGUGUACAUUAGUAGUUUUGCAGUUGAUGGAAUAUUUCUUUAAAACACCGCUUAAGUUUUUCGAGCACGAAAACAGUAUUGAAAUAAAUCAGUUGGUAUUAUUGUUUAGCCACAUUAAAACAAUAACUUGUACUAUAAUUUACGUUCGACUAAUUCAAAGAUUUCGCUAGAGUCAUCAAAAUCCAGUUCUUAAAACAAUUUUAAGAUUAAUUAAUCAAAAGUUUCGGAAAGUGGCGUACUAAAUGUUCCAAACUGUUUCGUCACUUCUGUAUGAUGUUCCUUUUAAUUGUAGUCUAAGCAAGUUUCCACUGAAAGUGAAAUAUUGAUUACAUCUUUUACGCAAAAACAGUUUAAAUGUUUUCGAAAGAAUUAUGAAACAUCCAGAUUGCUAUGAUACAUGAAAUGCAGUUAUUGUACAAGUUAACGCAAUCACAUCCUUCACUCAACAUGAAACCAAGACGCUUCAGAAGUAAAAAGUAGAAAUAUGAGAAACUUAACUAAUAGCAAAUGGAUACACAUAUUAAAUGUGAAUAAUGGAAUAGCCAAACAAUUAAAUAGAUUGACUAACGAGCAUUUUCGACGUUUUGGAAGAGCUGUUACUUUUAAACUCUGUAAGAGUUAUGACCUCGUUUUUUAAAACUAAUAUUAUUUAUUGUGUUGAAAUUCCUAAGGUGUACAAUGUUUUAUCGAUUACAUACCUGAACUGUUUGUUAUAAAUGUGUGUGUAUAUGUAUAUAUGGAAAGUAUUAUUGAUACUUACAUAUCGUUAACACUAUAUUCGAAGAUAUUCUAAAUAAAUAUUGCUUUUGUAAAAAUCGAUUAAAAAAUCAGCUAUUUAAAUAAAUCAUUAUCUUAAAUUUCAAUUUGUUAAAGUAUUGGUCAUAUGCACUUCAUAUUUGCCAGAAUAUUGAACGAAACACGUCGAAGUUAUUCAGCUACAAUUCAUACUUAAAUGAGACUUUUAAAACUAACGUUACAGUAAGUAUAUCACAACAGUUGAUAUUAUCUUUAUUAAGUAAACUAUGAGUAUAUUAAGUAUCGAGGCACAAAAAACAACUGAAUUAAAAUAUGUAAUGAUCUAAUCAAGAAAACAUGGAGGAAGAGAGCUUCACUCACACUUACGUGUAAUUUUACUAUAUCUCCAACUGAAUUAUAUACUCGUAUGCUUUUUGACGUAAGUUGUAAGCCCACUAAAGCAAAAUGGUCACUUUAAACCAGUCAUAACUCAUUGUAAGGGACAGAGCACGGAUAGCCCACUCAAACACAUACAUAUAAUUCAAUUCUCUUUCAUUUUCAUGCUGCAAGAUGUGAUUCAUUGUUGUCUUAAAAAGUCUAUAAGAGUGGCGGCCACUAUUCCCUUAGAGUAUCCACAGAAUUGGCGGUAGGUUCUGUUUGACCUUCUUGUCUACCAGCUCAGGUAGCACAUAAUCCGAAACACACAAGCCUAAAGAAAUCUAGGUCUUUUAUUAUAAUGUCACUAUGUUAAUCAAUUUUUUUUUUAAAUUCAAAAUACUGUUUUCCGUUCACUUACGUAAAUUAUGUGUAUUUUUGUUCUAAGAUUAGCAAAAAUAUAUCCUACCGCUUUUUUUUUAACCAUUAUAGUGACAUUUUCUAACUUCUAGCGUAAUAUAUCAAAACAGUAACAUGUAUUUGUUUUUAAAUUCAUUAUCACAAUUAAAUUUUCUGCAGGCUGCGGAACAUUUUAUGCUGUUAAAACUGUAAAAUAAUUGACAUAAAUUACAGUUUACGAACUUAAUCUAGUCCACAUUACAAAUGUUGUUCAAGUAAUUGAUGAUACAAAUAGCGUUUGGAUCCCUGUUAUUUCUGUUGUAUUGCCGUUGGUCAGACGAGGCCUGGUAUUCGAGAAAAGUCUUAUCGGCACUAGAUGUAGCUUAUAUGGUGUGGUUGAUAUGUUAUUAUAUUGCUAUUUACUUUCAUAAGUUCUUAUAAUAAAUACUAUUUAUUAUAUAAUGAAUACCAUGAAAAUCUAAGUGUUUUAAUGUGUGUUUUUAAUUAUAAUAUAAUUUAUCUAUAACGUAUGAACUGGUUGAUGUUUCGCAUAUAUUAUUGAUACCAUAUCGUGUAAUCAUCAGGUUUUGAGUACGUGUUUGGAUAAUUUAAAUUAUUGAUUAUUAAGAUAUUACAACAUUAUUUUUGUUUGGUUUAGAGCUUUAAUGUAUUUUCAAAAGUGUAUGAAAGUUGACCCAAUGAUAACAUCAAUAAAGAAAGGCAGGACACAUUUUAACUUAAACUAAAUAUUAACCUUGUUGAUUAAUGGUCGUAAUGUGCAUAUUUAACAUUACUUUAAAAUCUUAUUUUUUAAGAACUAGAAAUAUAUUACGACAAUCAAGUUUAUCUGCGAACUUGUUAAAAGAUGUGGUGUUCGUAGAAAUAUGAGACAAGGACUAUGGUAAACAAGAACACGGUCCAGACGAUAACAUUCUUCACUAAUUAAAAGGAAAAAAUCGGCCAUUUUUAUUGAUAAAUUUGUUAUUCGCAUGACGUAACUCAGAACAAAAUUAGUUUCUUUACCGCAUUUCUAAAAACCCAUUUUAUAAGUCCCUAUAUCGUUGAAAAGAAAAUUCAGUUUUUAGUUUUCUCUGUCUUUAAAAUGUAACAUUUUAUUACAUAUUCUAUUACAUUUUAAAGGCAGUGAAAAUUACUUUCUUUAUUCUGAAGGAAUAGUUUUGGAGUACAGAUAAGUAAUAUCUUCCAGUAAUUCUAUUGAAAGAUAAAUUAUAUGUAGAAAAUGACAACAACAAAAGUGCUUUAAGCUGAAGAAGAAUGAAGCCUUUCAUGCCACAGUAACUUACGAAAUAUCAUAGUAGGCUGUUUGAGUUUUUAAGAGAAAGACCUCUAACUGCAGCCUUAACAACAGAGUUUAAGUAUCUUGAUAAUAAAUCACCCUUGACAUUAUGUACUUCGUCAAGUACAAGAGGUGAAUUAAUUGGUACUGCAGGACAAAGAUUUAUUUUAAUAUCAGUUACAACUAAACCUCAAAUUAAAGUUUACGUAUCCAAAAACUUGAUAAAAAUUACGUAUUUGAAGUUGCAUAAGUAGGCUAGUGUGAUGCUUUAAUGUUUCAACAUUUGGACACUAGCUGGGAUUUUCUUUGAAAGUGACAUUCAAUCUCGUUAAUAUUUUCGAAGCCCUUGUGACAGAAGAUACUUCUGGUUUGUUGCCUUACAUCUGGUUAUUAGUUUAGAAUGGCUACACCUGAAUCCUAGAGGUUUCUGACCUAACAGCUUAUCUCACGUGAGCAUAAGGUUCCAUUAAGGUUGAAUAUUCUACUUCGAAUUGUUUGGAAGUAAUAAUAUCAUGUAAUCUGAAAUGUGAGGAAGAUGGAUAGUUAAAUACUCUAUAAUUAUAUCUUUAAAAAAUUCAGUCAUUUUCUUUAUAAAAAAAACUAUGAUUUACCCUUAAAUCCAGAGAGCUUAUGCGGGUUUUCCUUUUUUAUUAAACAAACUGCUAAUUAGGCUAGACUGAUUACUCUUGUUUAUGUUUGAAUCUUUUCUUCCUAACUUUCUUAGAAUCUAAAGUAAAAAUAUCAUUGAUAAUCUAUUCCCUACUUAUCGUUUGAUAUCAUAAAGUUCAUUAUUUGUUUCAACCCUUUGACUAUAAUACAAUCUUGGGAUAAGCACAGUAUUAACAACAAGUUUCUUCGUACAUACUGAUCACCAGUAACAAAUGUAAUUUAAAACCCAUCACCAAACAUGCUUACACUUUUAGCCUUGGGGCAUUAUGAUGUGACGUCAAUCCCGUUAUUAGUUUGUAAAGAAUAACCCAACAGUUGUGUGUGUGUGUGUUGUUGAUCAACUGUCUUCCCACUAGUCCGCAAAUGGUCUUGAAGUAGCUUUGUGCGCAAUUCAACAAACAAAUAAAAUGUACCUUAAACAUUCAUUAAAUGUACCAAAUUCCCCGUAUGGGAAUAUGUACUUAUUCGAAUAUUGGUUUUAAUUUUUUGAGUUGGAAAAUUAACUUCACUUAGUUAGACUCAAUCUUUUUAAGGGUAGCAUUUAUGAUAUUUUUUAAUUGUGGUUAUUUGAUAUAAUUCUUUAUAAUUACAGCAUAUCACUUACAAUCGAUCGUAAUUAAAUCAAAAUCUUCUUUGCAACUGAAACUCUUUGUACUGCGUUUUAACAUAAAAUUUUCUCAAGAUCUCUAUCUGUUGUAUCACUACCAGUUGUUCUAAUCACGUGGUAAAAACAGUUUAAAAGAGAAUAAGUGGCAUAUGUUUCUAUAUAUGUAUGUGUCUUUUUAAUUAGUACGUACGUAUAUGAUGUAUGUGAUAUGUAAUGUAAAACGUUCGUUAAAUUAUGUGCUUAAUAUAUAGAUAUAUUUAACAUUCUAUUGUUCCAAUUAAACUAGCUUGUAAGCAUGUUUAUUCCGUGGAAUGUAAAC